UCGACCCACCGGGUGUGGACACACAAAAAAUAAGAAAACUAAGAGCUGCCUGCAGGUGUUGCAAUUUGUAUCAAAUUCUCAGCGAAAACCGCAGAUUAAGUUUAAUUUAUCAGUGAAGGAACGGUUAUUAGGCGAAAUGGCUCAAAUGGACAUAGAGUUGAAAAAGGCCUUUACUGAGAUGCAGAUUAACAAACUGGAGACGACCAAGAAGAUCAACAUGAUCGACAUGAAGUGCGACAUGGUUAAGACGGGCAAACACAAGUACCAGCUGACGGAGAAGGGCACGAGUAGCCUCUCUGACGACACAAGAGUUUACCAGUCAGUGGGUCGCAUGUUUCUGCUGACUGAUGUGCAGAAUAUGCGCGAGGACCUAAAGGCCAAACAGGAAAAGUGCGACAAGGCGAUAGAGCUCCUUGAGAAAAAGAAGGAGUUCCUGCAGAAGUCGCUCAAGGAUCAGGAGGACGGUCUGCGCGAGCUGGUGCAGCAGCGCAAGGAGGCCGACCUGACUGCAAAAUAGACUCCACCCAGGCAUUCAUCCCUCAACGGAAUUGCUUAUUUAUUUUCAAUAUAUUUAUCUAAAUUGAA